AUGAGCGCCGACGUUGAUACCGCUGUCGCCCAGCCGGCGCCGCUCACGCGAAACGAGCGGUACUACCUCAACGACGUCAUGUCCGUCUUCCAGGUCGAGACCCAGCUCUUCAAGAUCCACCGCCACUUCCUCGUGAAGGAGUCCGAGGUGUUCAACACGAUGUUCCAGUGCCCGCCUGGGCCCGGCGCGGAGACGCCCGACGGGGCGGACGACGCGCACCCCAUAUUGACGCCGGGCGUGACCGUCGCGGAGUUCGAGGCGCUGCUCGACUUCUUCUAUACAGACGAGUUUCACGAGGACUGCCCCGAGCUGCACACGUGGCUCGACCUGCUGUCCAUCGCGACGCGCUACGACUUCCAGCGUCUCCGGGAGCGCGCCAUCGACGUAAUCGACGGGCACAGGUGGAACGGCCGCCAAUGGGGCGUGUGCGAAGAGUUCGACCCCAUCACGCGCAUCGUCCUCGCAGAAAAGCACGCCAUCCCGCACUGGCUGACUACCGCCUACAUCGCCCUCUGCGAGCGCGGGACCCCGCUCCAGCUCCACGAGGUCCGCACAAUCGGCGUCGAGAAGGCCGUGCUGAUCGCCGAGGCGCGGGAGAAGAUCCGCGACAUCGAGCACGCGGUCGACCGUGACGACGCUGUCGAAUAUAUGCAGCUGCCAGUGCCGCCGUUCACUGGCACAAUACCGGAGCUCCACGUGCCGCGCCCCCCGUCUCCCAACGGCUUUUAUCACGACCGCAGCCGGGUCCGCGCCGUCAUUGACGCUGUGUUCAACCCCCCGCCCCCGCCGCCGAUGGAGGAGGAUGAGUGA